AGUCACAUGGCUUUAUGUAGAGAUGGGGAUGUCUUAUCUUGCGCACUGAGGAUGGAUGGAUGAAAAGAAACAGACAGGGCAAAGAGCCAGACUGUCAACUGAAGGAUGUGAUGCGCAUCUGACACCAUGACGGACAGGGAGGAGGAGGAGGACGAGCGGGACCGCAGAGCUCUUUCUAAUCCCACGUCCUGUUUUCGGCUCUUUAAAUCGACAUCAUGGAGGCUGACGGGGAGAUGACUUUACGCGUUCGUACCUGCGCUGACUGUUUAUCCACGCGUUUGUUAUGUGAGAUCCUUGAAUCGGUUUGAGUGUGCGGGGUUUCUUUUUAUUUUUGAAUGUGCAAGGAUCUUUCCAGUCUGAAGGACACAAGCAUGAUGCUCAGUCCCGACCAGGUCCGGGUCGGGUCCGAUCCACCUUGGGAGCAAACGGACACUGAGACCCUUCUGGACACUUUGCCAGAGGAACCUGCGGGUGGAGAGGGCAAAGCGCGCUCCGUGCACGUCCCCGCUCUCAGCAGGGAGGAGAAGAGGAAGAGGAGGCGCGCCACAGCCAAAUACCGAUCCGCGCACGCCACCAGGGAGAGGGUCCGCGUGGUGGCCUUCAACGUGGCCUUUGCGGAGCUGAGAAAACUGCUGCCGACGCUCCCACCAGACAAGAAGCUGUCCAAGAUCGAGAUCCUGAGACUCGCGAUUUGUUACAUCUCAUAUCUGAACCACGUGCUGGAUGUUUAGGACUCGAGGAGGAAGGACCUGCAACCACGACAGCUGAAUGAUUCCUGGAAGAAACAUUAUGAGGAAUACCCUGUAGGGUUGGGGGCUACACUAACAUUAUUAUGAGGAAGUCACAUUGAUUUUGCAUCAUGUGAAACAGUUACAAGACUCUUACUGUCAACACAAGUAAUGGAAACAUUAAAAAAGAAAUGCUGUAUAUUAUAUUUAUCUAGCCAAAAACAUUGCAACAAAUGAAUGGAAAACUUUAAAUCUGCUUUCUAUCUGUUGUAACUUUUCUUUCCUGUUUGCACCAGUUUGUAAAUAUAUUUAUUGCAGUCACCUAAAAUAUAAUCUACUGGUGGGAUUCAGUUGCAAAUGUUGUGAAUAAACUGUG